AUGCAACCGGGGCGAGUGGGAGUCGGCGGAAGAGGACAAACCAUUCGGGUAGCUCCGAGUGAGCAGGUAGCAGGUUCGGAGUUGGCGCAUGACGAGAUGCUACUUCAUUUGGCCAAUUGUCUGAAAAUGACACGGCAGAGCAGGACUCAUGAGGUGGGCCAUUUGGGGUUGGCCUGGCGACGCGAGCAGCUUAGCAAAACGAGCUGGCCAGUUAAGUCAGUCGAAUGGCUCGAUCCGGUAUCUGGCCUACCUGAUUGCCACAGUCUGGCUACUACUCGUAAAUGCCCAAAAGAGGAAUGCUCUGGCUUUUUAGUCUGCACCGGAUGGCCAAUAAAUCUGUCCGAGUUCGUCAAGCCUCCAUUUGACUUUGGAGAAUGCUGCUCUCAUCGGUCUGAGUGUGACAGUCCACUUUGCCACUCGGCCUUUCUCAAAGCACCCUUCGCGAGUCCGGCAGCUCAGCCAGCAGGGAAUGUCACUCCUCUGCACCAGGUCUCCUUCAAUACUCCUCCUCAACACACUCGAUCAACCGAAAGCGUGAGCAAUCAAGUGCUGGCCAUUCAUCACGAUAGCAUCGCCUACAUGCGCCCAUUCGCUCCUAUGCUGCUGAUUCAGAUUUCCCUACCCGAAAGUGUCAGAGAGUAA